AUAGAAAUAUUAUUAUGUUACCUGGCGUUGGUGUCUUCGGCACGGGCGAAAUAGCCAAUGUCUUAAUCCCGCUGCUGCGUGAGAAGGGCUUCGAUGUACGUGCCGUUUGGGGUCGCACCAUCAAGGAGGCUAAGGAAACUGCGACAGUACAGAAUGUACCCUUCCAUACCAAUGUUAUUGAUGAGAUGCUACUGCACAAGGACGUGGACUUGGUUUUCAUUGUGUGCCAACCGUUUCUGCAUGCGGAGAUCUCGGUGAAGGCGCUUGGCAUUGGGAAGCAUGUGGUGUGCGACAAACCAGCCGGCCUACAUCAAGUCGAUGCCUUGAAAAUGGUGCGUGCUUCCCAGUACUAUCCAUCACUGAUUUCGCUGAUCAAUCAUCCGCUACGCUUUCUGCCCGCCUUCACACACAUGCGACGUUGCCUGCAAGAGGAACUCAUCGGCCCCAUCGCGGACGUACUGCUUGUAGACGUAAGAGUACAAAUGGGCACCCUUUUUCCGGAAAAAUUCAACUGGAUGUGCGAUGCAGCCAUGGGUGGCGGUGCUUUGAAUCUGGUUGGCAGUGUGGUGGAUCUGGUUAGCUUUUUACUGCAACAACAAGCGAUUCGUGUGCAUGGCGUUCUCAAGUCCUACACAAAAACGACAGCAAGCAUUAAUGGCAUCCGGCAGAUAACAGCGCCGGAUUUUUGCAACUUUCAAAUGGAGCUAGCCAGUGGCACACUCGUCACAGUUGCCCUACACAGUCAUACAGUGCCUGCGAAGGCUUUCUCACAAGAGGUACUGGUUUAUGGCAGCAAGGGCCAUCUGGUAGUAAGAGGCGGGGAUCUGUUUGUGCUUAAACAUGACAACGACGGCUUGCAGAAGGAGGAAGCACUCUAUGUGGAUGUACAGGACCUGCACUUUUCAACUACAAAUUCGCUGCUACCGCGGCCCUAUAUCAAGGGUUUGUGUAAAAUGGUCGGUGCGUUAAAAGAAGCGUUUGGCAGCAAGGAAGCAAGUUGGGUGAAGGCGCCAGUUUCUACAGCUGCCACAUUCGAGGAUGGCCUGUAUGUACAGGCUGUCAUAGAAUCAAUACGCAAAUCAAACGAAACUCGGCAGUGGCAAAGAGUACAGAUCACUACAGACACCCCUCUGAAUCAUGAACAGCUUUUGAGAUAUGCUCGCUUGUCCACCAUGUAAAUGUGUAAGAGUGUAAGCUGUGUUUUAUUCAUGUUUUGUAUUUGUUCUGUUCGCAUUUACUCUGAAAGUGAUGGCAUUAAUCAAACGAAUAAAUAGUUGUAAUUUCCUUAUAUCUAAA